AACAAUCGCUCGUAGUUUACGAUCCAUCGUAAAUAUCAAUUGGAUUCUUGUGAAAAAAAAUGGUUGGUUGGUAUAUAUAAAUAUCUAUAGAUGAUAUGGCACAAGUUCCAAAGCAAGUAGAAGAUUUGGUUCGAAUGAUAGCAAGAGCAUUUUAUACAGAUUUAUAUAUUGUUGUACUGGAUGCACUAGUACGAGAAAAAUAUAUAAGACAAGACUUGUUAUCCAAAAAGUUGCACGUACCAACCAAAGAACUUCGUAAAUUGUUGUUGAAACUACAGGAACAAAAGUUGGUUCAAUGUGAGGUAAGGGUACAAAGAAAACCAACUAAGAACAACAACAGCAGCACAGAAUAUCAAAGAGCUAUAAAAGCAACCUUUUGGUAUAUUGAUUACGUCCAUCUGGUGGAUGUGAUUAAAUAUCGUGUGGAUGGAAUGAGACAAAAGGUUAACGAAAUGAUGGCAGAAGGACUCGUGUAUCAGAGUUUUCAAUGCCAAAAGUGCAAAGAAGUUUAUUCGUCGUUGGAUAGUGCAAGACUUUUUGUACCUGCUGAAGGUGUUUUGCGUUGUGAUAAUGUUAUUUUGAGAAAUACUUUGUGCAAGGGAUUGGUGGAAGAAGUAGAAUGGGAAGGACAAGUAGCCACUAUAAAAGAGCUACAGACCAGAAUGGAGAACGAAUUGAGGCCUAUUUUAGAAAUGGUGGCUCAAACAGAACAAGAAAAAGUACCUUCACAUCCAUUGGAAGGAUUGGAUGCUGACCAGUUGGGGACGAUUAUUUCUGAAAAUCCUGAUGAACAGCCCAGCUGGGAUACGUUGAGAGAAGAGCUUUAUAAUACGAGUCAACCACUAUCUACAGAUAAGAAAGAUGUAGAAAAGGAGGAACACUCACAGGUCAAAGUAGAAAUUGUUGCUGCAGAAGGUGGAACAAGUCAAGAAGAAGUCAACGAACAAGGUUUUCAACACGUUCCUUCCUGGUUUGAAGCAAAAAGGAAAUGGGAGGGUUCCAAGGAAGAAAGUAAGAAAAGUAGUGUUUUAGAGAAGGAUUGGAUUGUUGAGUUGGAAGACUCACAACAGCAGACAGAUGUCAAGUCAUCAGAACAAGGACCAUUGGAGGAAUAUUCUUUGGCCUAUUAUCGUUCUUUAAUCGGAGCAUCAGAUAGUCAAACCGUCUCACAGAAAGGUAAUAGAAUAUAAGAGAGUUGUGUUACAGCAUAGUGAAUUGUGAUAU